GCGCGUGGCUUGACGAGCCUCCAAGUCCUCACUUCUUCAAUAUCUUUACGCAUUAUAGAGACUCUUUUACUUCGAAGGCGACGCAGGUUACUUCGGUUCACCAUGUACUAUUCUCCGUCCCCUCUCUUUACCACGGGCCUGUUCACGCGUCGAAACGUGCGCAAUGCCACUUGCAGGCAGCAACUCCGACCAGUUGAUUCUCAUUGCGAGCACGCGCUCGCUCACUUCUGCUGUCACUCGAACAUCAUACGCUGUCGACCAUGCAGCUUCUCGAUCUCCCCGCUGAUAUUAUCGACGAGAUCAUCAGCCACAGUCUCCCAUCCGGCUUCGAAGCCUUUGCACUCUGCUGCCGCGCCAUAUACACACGCGCUGCGCCCAAAAUCGCACGACACAACUUGCUCAAACAACGAUGGAAGUGUACCACGAUUGCCGGCUCCAGAAAUCAUGGCGACAUACUUCGCAUACUAUGCGAGAUAGCUUGUGAUCCUCUUGUCGGGCAAUAUAUUGAGUCGUUGAGUUUGUGUGGACAUGGAGGAGGCCCAAAUGUCGAUACGAAGAAUGAUCGUUUCAAAUCUAAUGAAAAAGUUAUGGCGUCGAUCAAGAACAUGGUCUUGCAUUCAGAGUGCUUCAACAACGCAGGAGUUGAUGCGCAGCUCUGGUGGGAAGCCAUGCUGCGAGGGUUCGGCCUCGAAAACGAAGCUGAAAACGAAGACAAUAACCACCAAUCCUACCAUAGGGUCGCGUACGCGACUGUAACACUCCUGAAUCAACUACCAAACUUGCAAGCGCUAGAACUGCCACCCGAAUGGUACAGUCUCAACAACAACCGUACGCCCCUUCCUGAAGCGGAAGAGAGAUUGGAAGCUGUGCUCAAAACAAUGGUCGAAGCUUCUAACAGCAGUGGCAACCGGGACCAGCCGCUUGCAAAACUGCGGAUCAUCCUGCCGUCCACCAAAGAGGGAUAUGAGGAACGGAACCCUUUCCAGGUCUUGGAACCUUUCACGCGGUUGAAGAGUUUAGAAGAGCUAUACAUCACGUCCUGCUUGGCCAUCGACGACGGCUAUACUGGCAUGCCUUUCCAUUGGCGCUUUCCAGGAAUCAACUCAAGCCUGCGUAGAGUGGAAUUGGCGUACUGUUGCAUGGACGCAGAAGGAAUCUCUGUCCUCCUAAGACACACGCCUUGCCUCGAAAUCUUCAGAUACUUGCAUGAGUGCAAAUGGCACGGCUGUGGAUAUGACUGGAACCCUGGUGGUUUUGUGGAAGCCAUUGCUGAACAUUGCGGUCCAAGCAUUACCGAACUCACAAUCAAGAAGGACAAAGACUGGGGAGCCAUAGUCAAUGGUGUGGUAUCUUUUCGAGCGUUUCUCCAGCUACGCAUGCUCGAGAUUGACUUGGCCUCCUUCUGUGGGCCAUCGGUAGCAAGUGGCCAAAGGCUGGGAGAAGAUGCUGUUCAGGCAGAAGAGGGGGAAAAGCCAUGGACCAUUGAAGACAUUCCAUGCUUGGGAGACAUGUUACCGGAGAGCAUCGUGGAUGUACAGAUCGACAACAACGGCUGGAUGGAUGAUCCUCCGGAGCCAGAGGAGGUUUUGAAGCUGUUGCUUCAGGGUUUCCCUGAGAAGCGCGUAUCGAGACUGCGAAACCUGGCUCAAGUAACUUUGAGUAGUUUGGGAGACGCCAAAGUGCGAGCGCUGGCCGAAGGAAUGGGGGUACAAUUCGUGUCUUUGUCACGAAAGGGUGCGCGCAACAAUUGGCCGUGCUCCUCGACGGUGCAGGGAUAUUCUGAUAUGUUCAAGGCCGCUGCAAAAGCAUCCAACGAUGCAGAUACCAGACCCAGGCCUGUUGCAGUCAGACGUGGACGGAGCACUGUAUGGGUAUAUCCAGAAUCGUAAUGAAAGAAAUAGCUCUGGUUCAUUCCUGCCAAGAAUAGUUCACAAGUAGCAACAAGAUGUCAGGCCGAGUGUUGCCGCCCCUAUGACAGACAGUAAUGGUGAUGAAGAUGAUGAGCAUAAUGAUAUUGUCAGAGUUAGCACAAUGGCCCCUAGUAGCUUUGAGAAUAGAAAUACAUGGACAUAAGAACCUCGACCCAAUCACGUCAAUCACAUUAAAUGUAGGAAACCUUGACUCCCAUACCUACGGUGCGUCUCACCUUGUCCCA